AUGUCCGCCGACGAGACAGAAGCCAGUGCCCGCGGCCAGGUGACAGCGGAGGAGCCGGCACAGCAGCCCAGCGUGGUGGACCGUGUGGCCGGCAUGCCCCUCAUCAGCUGCACCUGCGACGUGGUGUCGGCGGCCUACGCCUCCACCAAGGAGAGCCACCCCCAUGUCAAGACCGUGUGCGACGCGGCGGAGAAGGGGGUGAAGACCCUCACGGCGGCCGCCGUCAGCGGGGCCCAGCCCCUCCUCUCCAAGCUGGAGCCCCAGCUCGCGUCAGCCAGCGAGUACGCCCACCGGGGACUGGAUAAACUGGAGGAGAACCUGCCCGUCCUGCAGCAGCACACAGAGAAGGUCCUGGUGGACACCAAGGAGCUCGUGUCGUCCAAGGUGGCGGGGGCCCGAGAAGCCGUGUCCCACACGGUGGCGGGGGCCCGAGAAGCCGUGUCCCACACGGUGUCGAGCGCCAGGGACACGGUGGCCAGCCGGGUGACGGAGGCGGUGGACGUGACCCGGGGCGCCGUGCAGAGCGGCGUGGACAUGACCAAGUCCGUGGUGACCAGCGGCGUCCAGUCGGUCAUGGGCUCCCGCGUGGGCCAGAUGGUGCUGAGCGGGGUGGACGCAGUGCUGGGCAGGUCGGAGGAGUGGGUGGACAACCACCUCCCCAUGACGGACGCCGAGCUGGCCCGCCUGGCCACGUCCCUGGAGGGCUUCGACAUCGCCUCGGUGCAGCAGCAGCGGCGGGAGCAGAGCUACUUCGUGCGUCUGGGCUCCCUGUCGGAGAGGCUGCGCCAGCGGGCCUACGCGCACUCACUGGGCAAGCUGCAACUCACGCGCCAGAGGGCCCACGAGGCCCUGCAGCAGCUGUCGCAGGCGCUCAGCCUGAUGGAAAGUGUCAAGCAGGGAGUCGAUCAGAAGCUGGUGGAGGGGCAGGAGAAACUACACCAGAUGUGGCUUAACUGGAACAAGAAGCAGCUUCCGGAUGCGGAGGAGAACCCAGCCAAGCCAGAGCAGGUGGAGUCCCGGGCGCUCGCCAUGUUCCGCGAUGUCACGCAGCAGCUGGAGGCCACCUGCGCGUCGCUGGGCUCCAGUGUCCAAGGGCUGCCCAGCCACGUGAAGGACCAGGUGCAGCAGGCUCGCCGCCACGUGGGGGACCUCCAGGCCGCCUUCGCCGGCGUCCACUCCUUCCAGGACCUGUCGGCCAGCGUCCUGACGCAGAGCCGCGAGCAGGUCGCCAGGGCCCGAGAAGCCCUGGACCACAUGGUGGAGUACGUGGUGCAGAACACGCCCAUCAUGUGGCUGGUGGGACCCUUUGCUCCCGGCAUCGUCGAGAAGGCCCCAGAAGAGCAGAAGUAGGAGAGACAGAAAGGGGGCUCGGGGGGCUC